AUGGCCCAAGGGGCCCCCCGCCCCGAAGCCCCCCCCGCCGCCGCCGAGGGGAGCCCCCCGGAAGGGCCCCGCACCAGCCAGGUCUACCGCGUGCAGGAGGGCCUGCCGCCCCGCUUCGACCACCCGGGCUGGUUCCGCGGCUACCGAAUGAAAGAACGCAACCCAUUGUUCAGAACAACUAACAUGGACUACGGCGGAAAACCACCCACCGUACAUGAAAUGCCGACCUGCUUCCAUGCCAGCCCACACACCUUCACGGAUCAUCUCAUCAAGUUUGGCAUGUACAGGAAUACCGGGAUCAACACCUCUACAGAGAAGAGUGAGGUGACUGGCCCAGACAACUUCAUCACUUGCUUUGACACGUUCAACUUCCACCCCAGUUACAGGACGGGCGGCCCCUCCUUCUGCGAGUAG